AUGUCGGAGGCCGCAGGACUGGAUUCCACGCGCUUAAUUUUCCAAGGUUUUGCUGUGGCUUCUUCCUCGAAACGAUGCCAGAAGGCUAUCGAACUCAAUGAAAAAGGCGGGUCGCACUGGACAAUCGUUAGCAAGGAGCUGGCUCAGAUCAAGUGCCAAGGCCUUGAUUAUGUUCCGAAACUCACUACUACACUUGAUCUAAGCCAAAAGGCAAAGAGAGCUAAGGAGGAGAAGAGGAGGGCGAGGGGCGGGCGGAAUAUAUAG